GUUGCCUGACUUACAAUGGAAAAAAUCCUCUGCGGUCUUCUGGUAUUUGGAAUGACGGUGAUGGUCAAAUCAUGUCCAAAAUACUGUGUGUGUCAAAACUUGUCGGAAUCCCUGGGAACUUUGUGUCCAACCAAAGGGUUGCUUUUCGUGCCGGUAGACAUUGACCGAAGGACAGUUGAACUUCGACUCGGGGGGAAUUUUAUCAUCAGCAUCAGCCGGCAAGACUUUGCCAACAUGACCGGUCUGGUGGACCUGACCUUGUCUAGGAACACCAUCAGUUAUAUCCAACCUUUUUCUUUUGUGGACCUAGAGAGCCUUCGAUCUUUGCAUCUAGAUGCCAACCGGAUGACCAACCUUGGAGACGACGUAUUUAGAGGGCUAAUCAAUCUCCAGCACCUGAUUAUGAAUAACAACCAAUUGAACAGUAUCGCCGAGGAUGCGUUCGAAGAUAUUUUACAGACUUUGGAGGAUCUUGACCUUUCUUACAAUAAUCUCAAAACUAUUCCUUGGGAUUCCGUCAGACGGAUGAUUAAUCUGCAUCAGCUAAGUUUGGACCACAACCUUAUAUCUUAUAUUACAGAGGGCACAUUUCAGGACCUGAAUAAGUUGGCCAGGCUUGACUUGACUUCGAACAGGCUACAAAAACUACCUCCCGACCCGAUAUUUGCGAGGUCGCAAACAUCGAUGAUUUCUGCAACGCCUUUUCUCCCUCCCUUGUCUCUCAGCUUUGGGGGGAACCCACUCCAUUGUAACUGUGAGCUUCUCUGGCUUCGGAGGCUGGAUAGAGAAGAUGACAUGGAGACAUGCGCUUCGCCCUCCGCUCUAAAAGGAAGGUAUUUUUGGUACGUUCGCGAGGAGGAAUUUAUCUGCGAACCGCCUUUGAUCACCCAACACACUCAAAAGCUGCUCGUCCUCGAAGGACAAACCGCGUCUCUGAAGUGUAAAGCGAUUGGAGACCCCCCUCCGGUCAUACAUUGGGUCGCCCCCGACGGUCGCCUAAUUGGCAACUCUUCGAGAACAGCGGUCUACGACAACGGCACUCUAGAUAUUUUAAUAACCACCUCCAAUGAUUAUGGGACCUUUACCUGCAUAGCAGCGAAUGCCGCGGGCGAGUUGACAGCCCCCGUUGAGUUAUCCAUCGUUCAGCUGCCCCAUCUGAGCAAUGGCACCAACAAAACGGCACCGCCUAAAUCGAGGCUCUCCGACAUUACCAGCUCCACCAAAUCCAACCGGGGAGAAGUUAAGACUCCACCGGAGAAGGCCGUCACCGUGUCGGAAGUGACGACCACCACGGCUUUGGUUAAGUGGUCAGUAAGCAAGUCUGCCCCAAAAGUUAAAAUGUACCAACUUCAGUACAAUUGCUCAGAUGAUGAAGUUCUCAUCUACAGGAUGAUCCCUGCUUCGAACAAAGCAUUCGUUGUGAAUAAUCUGGUAUCCGGGACGGCGUACGAUUUGUGCGUCUUGGCCAUCUGGGAUGACACGGCGACCACCCUAACAGCCACCAACAUAGUGGGAUGUGCCCAGUUCUUCACCCAAGAGGACUAUCAGCAGUGCCAGUCCAUGCACAGCCAGUUCUUGGGGGGAACAAUGAUUCUAGUUAUUGGUGGAAUCAUAGUUGCUACAUUGCUGGUCUUCAUUGUUAUAUUAAUGGUAAGAUAUAAAAUAUGCAACAAUUCCCAGGGGAAGAUGGCCGAUGUCACCAAUGUUUAUUCCCAGACUAAUGGAGGAAAUUCAGUGCAGAAUGGGGUUCCACUACAAGUCAAUCCCAAAGUGGUGGUGAGGAAUGAACUCAUGGAAUUCAACUGUGGCUCAGUGCACAGUAGUGUCUCCUCCUCUUCUAGUUCUGUCAAUAGCCCAGAAGGCGAUGACUAUAGCCUACAGAGUAAUCAAAGCUCUCUGUCCCAUAAGUGGAGGAGACCUGUCUCCAGGUCUAAACCCAAUAUUGAUAGACUUAUGGGAGCGUUCGCCUCCCUGGAGUUGAGGUGUCAAAAAAAGGAGGACGCUGUGGACUCCAGGACUUCGACGACAGUCCACCUGUCAGACAAAGAGCCCUUGUUGGGCAACCAAGAGUCCAAAGUCCGUAGCCACCUUAUGUUACCCCUGGAGGGAAAAGCAAAACGUAGCCAUUCAUUUGACAUGGGGGACUUUGCCGCAACACAGUGCUGUAGUUACCCAAGAAAGAUGACAAAUAUUUGGACUAGGAGAAGCCUUUCAGUUAAUGGGAUGCUUUUACAGUAUGACGAUAGUGAACUAGUAGGGAACGCAACUAGAUGUACCUACGACAGCUCAGAAUGGGUAAUGGAAAGCACAGUGUAAAUAACCAGAUCAUUUCAGUUAUUGAUUAUCUUGCUGUUUCUGAUGGCAAGGGUAGCGUACAAGAAUUAAAUUCCUUAUGAAUUUCUAGGUCAAUGGAUACAGAAGUGGGUAGCACCCACGGCAGGAGUAACCAUGACACAAAAUUGAGCAGAUUGUGCUAAGCACAGGAAGUGGUGGACUUCUCCGGCCAAGAAGCACAUGUUAUAUUCUAAAGUGCUCUUUAUCCCGUAAAAAAAAAAAAAAAA